CUACGUUUUUGAAUGGAAAUUGGUGUCCUUUUACAUGUGUUGAAGUUUGACUGUUUUCUGACAGGUGCAUCUGGCGAAAGCUGCGGAGGUAGCGGACCACUGUGUUGUAUUCUCCCUCAGUGAUGGUUGUGAGUCAGAUUUUAGGAAGGCCUGUAGUCACAAACAUGAGGAUACAUGUGGUCAAUGUUUAGUGCUGGGGGAAACUUUGAAGGAAAUUGAAAAAUGCGCCAAAGCUUGCCAAUAUCCUUCCGAUGAUGAACGAGAUGAAGCUCUCUAUAUCAUACAGUCGGCAACGCUUGCCAUCAAGUCAUGGAAGUGUCACACACUCCGAUCUUGGAAUCAAGACCAAGCGCGUUUUGACACCCUGGAACUGAUUGAUCAUCGAACGGUAUUGAUUGUCAAUGACUGGGCGAUGAAGUUCCUGCCACAGAGGUACAGGGAGUCGCAGUCUGACUGGUUUGGUAAGCGUGGUAUCUCUUGGCACAUAUCUGUUGUGUACCGGCGACUUGAUGACAAGCUACAGUGGCAGGGAUUCGUUCAUGUGAUUCAAUCGUGCAGCCAAGAUAGCCCAGCUGUUGUUUCUAUAAUGCAGGAUGUGCUUCGAACCUUGAAGCAAGAACACCCUGAAAUCAGUAAGGCAUACCUCCGUCAAGACAACGCUGGGUGUUAUCAUUCGGCCACAACGAUCCUUUCAUGUCCAGAAAUAUCACGAUCUACUGGAGUAAAAAUAGCCCGUCUUGAUUUCAGUGAUCCUCAGGGAGGUAAAGAAGCGGCAGAUAGGUUGGCAGCAACAUGCAAAUCACACAUUCGCGUGUAUAUUAAUGAAGGAAAUGAUGUUGUUACCGCCAAACAACUAGAGAGUGCCCUCCUUUCCAAUGGGGGAGUAAAGGGUGUUCGAGUCGUUUCACUGCAAUCCAUUGCUAACUCUCAAGAGACCACACAAAAGAUCCCAAGCAUAAGUAAGCUUAACAAUUUUGAGUUUGUGUCUGGAGAGAAAAUUAAAGUCUGGCGUGCUUAUGGCAUAGGCACUGGGAAAGUCCUCAGAAUUGAAAAGUCCUCGACUACAGGAGAAUUCAAAUAUUUUAUUCCCCAAGCCACUCGCAAGACCCAACCGGAGACGCUAACCGAACCCGGCGCUGAGCAGAAUGUUGAGCCGGAAGAUAUGAGUACAGACCAUACCUCCCAAGCACUCUUCUCUUGCCCACAUGAUGGUUGCAUUCGUGUUUUUCAGAAGGUCGGGAAUUUAGAAAGGCACUUGACUUCCGAAAAAUGUACUAGGGCCCUCGAGAAGCAUUCCCUUAUGGAUCUCGCAAAGAUGGGAUACAAGUGCGAGCUAGAUGAGGGUGUUGGAGUAAUACCAACUCUCCAAAGCAGCUCCAGUUCAAGGGGGGAAAACAAGCGUCACCCCUGUUAGUCAAGCUGAGCUCUCAGAGCAACGAAAAAGCCGUACCGCUUUAACAAAAACCAAAAAUCGUAUCUUUCCGCAAAAUUCCAAAUUGGUCUGUCGACUGGGAGGAAAGCUAAUGCUGAAGCUGUUGCUGUGGAGAUGAGGCGUGCGCGUGGUCAAGAUGGAGAGAGGCUCUUCAAAGUUCCAGAGUUUUUGAGUACUCAGCAAAUCGCCUCCUAUUUUUCACGCCUUGCGGCCAAGAUCCGAAAGCAAACACCAUCAGAGCUUGACCUUCACGCUGUCGAGGAAGAAGAGCAUUUUGCAGCUGCCACAGAUAAAGCAAUAGAAUCCAUCCAUCUGCAGCAUCCUAUUGUCUUCGAUCAUUACAACGUUUGUGCCAUGACUGAAGAUAAUACCUUAAAAAAUCUAAAAGUUGGAAUGUUGCAGCUCAUAUGUGAAAAUCUUGGCCUUCAAGUCCCUAAACCUCCGAUUCGUCGCAAAGCCCCUUAUUUGGAACUACUCAAAGACGUGUUCAAUAAUUGUACCUGUCAACAAUGAGUUUCAUCGAUAGCUUUUACAGUCAAACACAUCCAUGUAUUCUUGUAAGGGUUAGUUUAUCUGUGUUGAGCCGCUUGGAGCCAAGUUUAUGGAUAUUCCAGAUCCAGCACUUUAAUUUUCGUUGUUCAAUAUAAAAAGAAGCGAAGAGUGGAGAGGAAAGGAGAGGAGAGGA